AGCGCUGCGCUGCCGUAAAAACAGAAGAAGAAGAAGUGAGCCCGAGGAGCGGCAGCCAUGAAGAUGACAACAGAAAACUGCUCUGGAAACUCUGAAAUGACCAUGGAUGAUGUAAAAAAACUCAUAAAGAAGAAAGAUGAAAUUGAAGAGCAGAUAAAGGCCUAUUACGACGUGUUAGAAGACCAGGGCGUCGGAGUUGAAGGUCCGCUGGUUGACGAAGAGGGUUAUCCCCGAGCAGAUGUUAAUUUAUACCAAAUCCGGACAGCAAGGCACGAAAUUUCAUGCCUGCAGAACGAUCACAAGGCCAUCAUGGUAGAAAUAGAAGAAGCUCUGCACAAGCUGCAUGCUCGAGAGAAAGCCAAGCAGAAACAGGAUCAGGCAGAAGCUCAGGAGGAGGCGAUGGAGCAACAGGUCACUCUGCCUCCGCCCUUUGCCCGGGUGGAUGCUGUGACAGACGGCUCGCCUGCCUCUGGAGCUGGGCUCCGUGUCGGUGAUGAAGUCAUUGAGUUUGGUUCUGUGAACUCGGCAAACUUUCAGAACCUCCAGAACAUUGCCUCUGUGGUACAACACAGCGAAGGGAAACCACUACGUGUCACAGUGAUCCGGGUCGGCCAGAAAGUUCAGAUGAACCUGACUCCACAGCGAUGGUCAGGCAGAGGUCUGCUGGGAUGCAACAUUAUUCCAGUGCAGCGAUAAUCACCAUCACACUGUGCAGAAUUCAGAUUUUGGAAUCCCUUCCACCACUAAUGUUCUCCCUGAUGGGUUCAAACUGACUUUGUUCCAAUUCCAUCUGUUCUAAUGAGAACUGUGAUUUCCUUCACACAAGGAUACUCUUCAGAAUGAGAUGUAUAAAAGUCGGGUGUCAAAGUACUGCUGUUCAACAGGUUGUGCUAAGUUCACUGACUGAGAGCUACAUAAAAAUCGCUACCUUACAGUGCUCUGAUUAGUUUUCUACGGGUUCAAGGAGUGGGCUUUUGGCACUUUUAGUUUGUGCUGUUUUGAGUGUGGAUGCGCUUAGCAAAUGUUAUUGCAAUCGGACUGUUUAAUCUCUAGCCUGUGUGAAUGAGAGCAUUUUGGGUCAAAUUGAUGAGGCAAAUUAAAGAAAAUCUUGCCAAAAUCUAUAGUUGUUGAAAUGUCUCACUACUAUCAUCAACUGAUAAUGCUUUGUUUUUAAAUAUUAGGAAAUAGAUGACCCACUGAACAACAUGCAAGAACUAAUCAGGGGAUCUUUGUGAGAUGAAAAAUUAUUACUCUACGAUGUUUUUUCUGUGUAAAAUUAAAGAUUUUGCUCAA